AUGUCGUCGCAGCAACCUUUUCAAGCCUGGCAGAGCCAACAAUGGAACUACCAACAACAAGAAGAACCAAUGCAACAACAGCAGCAUCAGCACCGUCUGUUCCCGGGGCAGCGUGGAGAACAGAAACCGAAUGAAGUUAUCAUGCCAAUGCAAUCUGAACAUGAACUGAGCCGACAAAACUCGGUUCAAGACAUGCUUGGA